GAGGCUCAGCAGAAAAGAGACAAGAGAAGCGGUUCCCCCUCUCGGCCUGCAGCAUGACGCUGGUUCUAAAGUUGCUGCUCAGCUGUCUGUGUCAAGCUGUGCUGACCUCGUCUUCUCACACCGAGCCCUCUGAUGUCCAGAGGACCGCAGAGGGGAACAGCACAGGAGGGAGGAGACGAGAGGAAUCCAGCAGUGACCCUUACAUCCACAGCCUCUCUGUUAAAUGCCGCUGGACGCUGAGGAUGCGUGGAAACCGGAGCGGUGCUGCGGUGGCUUUGCCGGCAGACUCUCCAGAUGUGCUGGUUGAACAGGUGUGCCGGGACCUGGGCUGCGGCAGCGUCUACCGUGUGAAGGGAACCGGCUCCCCUCCCGAUGCCCGCUGCUUCCACGACUGCUCGUACCGAGACGGUCGCUUGCAGAACUGUUCCCAGAGGGUGGGGGGGAACUGCACAGUGAUCGCUGAGGCAAUUUGUGGCCAGCAGGCGGCGCGGCUGGCCGGAGGGCCGGACCGCUGCGCCGGGCGGGUGGAGCUGUGGAGAGACGGGAGGUGGGGCACCGUGUGCGACGACCGGUGGGACCUGCGGGACGCCCACGUGGUGUGCGCCCAGCUCGGCUGCGGCUCCGCCCUCAGUGUGACGGGCCAGGGCGGCUCCUUCCCCCCGGGUCGGGGGCCGGUCCACCUGGACGAGCUGAACUGUACCGGCACCGAGGAGAACCUGUGGGCCUGCCCGGCCGCACGGGGCGAGCCCGACUGCGGACACAAGGAGGACGCCGGGGUCGUCUGCUCGGAGAUGAGGGCCGUCCGGCUGACGGGCGGUCUGGACCGGUGCUCCGGCCGAGUGGAGGUCCACCGCCACGGCCUCUGGGGCUCCGUGUGCGAUAACUGCUGGAACAGGAACAUGGCCGCCGCGGUGUGCUCCAUGCUGCGGUGCGGCGCCGAGCCGCAGAAGUUCUCCCAGUUCCUUCCCCCGCUCGCCCUCGGCGCCGGGCCGCUGUGGUUCUAUGAAUGCGACGGCAACGCGCGGACCCUGUGGCAGUGCACGGAGUACGUCAACCAAACGCACCUAUGCGUGUCCUCCAAGGCGUCCGGGGUCGUCUGUGAAGGUUCUCUCGGGUUUCCAGCAGCCACCACCACCACCACCACCACCACCACCACCACCACCACCACCACCACCACCACUGGUUUGACCAGUUGGACGACUGGCGCCGCCUCGGUCCUCCCUGCUGACGCCGUCCUGCUCCCGUCUCCAGAGCUCCUCAGCUCCAUCACUCUGGCUCUCAUCCUCCUCGUGGUCCUCCUCGUGAACUCGGUGCUCUGCUGCCGCUACCGGAGGCGGCCCGCGCUCUGUUUCCAGCAGACUCGCUCCAGCCCUCGACCACCGACCUCCGAACUUCAUCACAACAGCUACCGAGGCGCCGUCGACCUCGUCAAGGUCACUGCCGAACCACUGCCGCCUGAAGUCCUCUCCAAUCCCCGGCACUUCUGGACCCAGCUGAGUCGAGCUCACAGCGCCUCAGGAGAGACGGACUACGAGCAGUACGAGGCGAGCAGUGAGCCGCCGGCCCCGCUGUCGACCUUUCGGAACUCUCAGAGGAACAGAGCAGAGCCUUUGAUGAGGCCUUCAGGUCCCAACAGCCUCUGGGAGGAACCUCCUGAACCCACAGAGGAGGUGAUGGGAGCCUUUACAAGCUGUAACCCGGCGGCGGCUCACUAUGCCAGAGUGUCAAAGACCUCGGUGGACUCAUUGGACACCUCCAGCACCUCCUCCGGGGACACGAACCACGGCUACGUCCAGGUCAUCGCAGAUCCAGGCCCGGCCCAGUCUUCUGUCGUCAGUGACCCCCGUGACCCCUCAAAGCUCGUCUACGCCGAAGGUCAACUGAACCGCGGGCAAAACACCGACCUGCAGAAUUCAGGCGACGAAGACGAGGGCCCCGUCUACUCCCCCGUGAGCCCCGACCGAGACUCUGCACCCGAGGACGACUACGAUGACAUCGACAGCCCGAAGUAACCGGAGGUCGCAGCUCAGAGGCUGGAGUGUGUGGCGCUCAGACCACUGAAGCCCAACGAGCUUCCACGGGGUGGUUUACAGGGUAGAAUGAGUCCCUGCAUAUAGAAACCCACAAAGCUAGAAAUGGGUUACAUUUUGGUUGAAAAGCGUGAGUAUAGGUUACGAGGCCUCGGCAUCUAAAAUGGUUUUUUUUCAACUAAGUUCAGACCAAUUCUGACUCAGAUUUCACAACUGACCUUUUGACCUGCAACGUACGAUCUGCCGCUUCCUGUGAACCGCAUGAAUAAGUUUAAUAUACAGCUAUUGAGACGUGUGAUCGACCCACUGCAGCUUUAACAAAAACAUAUCGGUGGCAAGUCCUUACAUGGUGCAUUCAAUGGCGCUCAGACAUUAAAGAUGCCGCUGACAGUCGGCUACAGAAGGCAUGUUUGUCCUACAUCUAACCCUGGAGUACAUGUGAGUGUGGUUCUGGUCAGCGCCGCUCUUACUGGGAAACCUUCGUCUUUCUGGACCUCACUUUGUGCACAGGAGCACGACUCUCACGUGGAAACAGUGAACGCCUCCUAAACUGCUCACUGUUGUCUAAAUAUUAUAACUGUUUGAAUAAAUGACCCCCAGACCAAGUA